AUGCGCACUGCUUAAAUCCGGUUAGCUAAACUACUUCCGGGGCAGGAAGCUUCAUGUGAGGCUGUGGAGAGGUCACCCAGCCGCCUCGCCAUGUCUUCCCUGUCGAGUUACGCCAUCCGCAUGUCCCGCCUGAGCGCUAGAAUCUUCGGGGAGGUGGUAAGGCCGACGAAUGAUUACUCCAUGAAAGUGGUGAAACUCUUCAGCGAGCAGCCCCUGGCGAAAAGGAAAGGAGUUUACGACUGGUACCCGCCACACAACGUCUAUGCGCCGCUCAUGCGCAAUUUGAGAUUUCUCGGCCUUUACAGGGAUGAACACGAGGACUUCAAAGAAGAAAUGAAGCGUUUGAGGCGACUGCGCGGUAAAGGAACGCCCAAGAAGGGUGAAGGAAAGAGGGCAAAGAAGAAGACAUAGGCCCCACAAUAUACAGUGGCGGACACUUAUAGAGGGGUCUACUCCCUACCGUGCAGAUCUGCCCCCUGUACGUGCAGCUCAUUUUGUGGAGGAGAUGUUGGCGGUACACAUCACCUAUCUGGAUGGGAUGUCAUUCUAUUUCACAUAGCGGGACGGAACGUCUCGCCUGCAGAAUAAAGAGAUUGUUUAUAUA